GAUUCUUCCUCCCAACAAGCCCCCAAGCUGCCGACAGUCCUCUCUUGAGGAAUCGGCAAAAGCUUGCUAUUUUUCUCUUCUUUUCUUGUCAAAGAACUGAUUUUGGGACCUAGAACCCUCCCUUUGAAGUAGAAAUUUCCAGAUCUGCUCUCCCUUCCUCUUCCCUUCGGUCUGUGAGUUUCUACUGGUUGGGGGUGCGAUUUUCUAGGCAUUUUUGGCUUGAAAUGGGUUGUGGUGAUUUUGGAGAGAGAAUCCCGUGAAUUAGCUAGUAUUUUGGCCAAUUUGUGAAAGUCGGAGUUACUGUUCACAUCGUGCACUGUUCACGUGUACUGUUCACAGAACACUGUUCACACCCCAAGAGUCAACGAUUAACGGGGAUUUAAAUGAUUAGUUUGUGAUAUAAGAACGAAUUUGGAGAUAUCUGAUAAUGUGGAUAUUUUGAUUAGGUUCUUGAUCGUUCUGUCAGUUUAGUACGUGAAUUGAGUGCUCAGUUUUGCGGAGUGAGGUAGUGUGCCCCGAGACUCAUAAAUCAAGGGGAGUGACGUGAAAAAAAAAUAAAAAAAGGCUAGCCACUUGAGAUUUGGCAUAGAUUUUAGAUACAUGUACACCACGCUCCUGUAAGUUAGAUUUUAAUUGGAAAUUUUAUGGUAUUAAAACUGAUUUUGUUCAGUAAGUUCCGAGCCUUGUGCACUUGUGGGACCCGUCUCACGAGUGCACGGCGUCUGUUGCGCCUCGGAUUUGGGUUCUGGGGCGUGACACAUUGAUUAUGAAUUUUGUGAUUAUACUUUCUAUCUUCUUUUCUUUUUGAAAUUCUUAUUACUUGAUAUACAUUUUUUUCUAUUAUUUUUGGCAGGAACAAGAACUCAUUUCAAAAUAAUUAAGAUCUUCAAGAUUCCUUCGUUUGCUGAAGAUGAUGUAUUCCAUUCUUUGUUGACUAUGUCACACUUUCUUUCUCUUGAACCCACAUAAUUCAAAGGUUCCUUGUGCCAUUUACUUCAAUUCUUUUGCAUAGUUUUUCAGCAAGAUGAGUGUUUUGUUGACUCGUUUACCAUAAUUUCUUGAUGUACAUUAUAGGUCUUUAAUAAGCUGAUGGUUGCAAAGUUAUCUGUUGGUUAGGAUCUUUCAUUUAUUUCUUCUUCUAUUUGCCCUUCAACAAAUAGUUCAAUGAAUUAAGAACUAUUUUCAUUAUUCAUGCUGUCCACAAAGGUUUAUUUUGAUCCAAAGUUGGAGAAGGUUUAUGAUCAAAAUCUGUCACAUGUUUGUUCAAUUGGAUCUCUGGUUAAGGAAGAUGAAGUAUCAAAUGGCUCUUAGGACACAAAAGAUUCGAUUAUAGCUAUUCACAAUAGAGGUAGCUUUGUUGAUGCAAUGGUUCUCAAGAUGUCCCUCCUUCUCUAAAUGCUUAGCUUUCUAUCAAUCUUAUAGGCCAUUAUAGUUUCUUAUGGUGAAGUUAUCCUCAUUCGUUAAUGAGGAUCCAUAAAUUAACAAUCAGUUAGUAUAUGCCAUGUCCUCAAAUUUCUUAUAUAAAAGAUAGGCCAGGAC